AUCCACGGUACAGCCGGCAUCAUAUUUGCCCCUAUCUGCGUUCUGAACCUCCGAUGUCUAUGCCGAAUAUCCGAAUAUCAAAUCAAGAACGUGUUUAAAUCUUGUGUUCCUGAACAUUUUAUCACUCAAGUUGCCUGGUGCAUAUUUAACUUUGUUCGUCAUCGUGGUCCAAAAUUCAGUUAACUAUCUGCUUAAUUUUACGUCGUGGUCGUGAAGUAGACCAUUUGCAAGCCAUUCGUACUACUCGCCUCUCUCUGAGUCGAGAAUAUAAAAGGUCUCUGGUUCCCAAGUCUAUUCUCUUGUUGCAUUCAGAGCUUCAUCUAUCCUUUCCCAGAUUUUAUUUUGAAAUUUUUUGAACCAAAUAUCCCAAAGAUACAAGUAUAUCUAUAAAUAUAAACCAUGGUCAUCACGCAAACUGAACUUGCAAUCAAAGAGCUGCCUUACGGGCGUCGAGUUUUCACCAACGUCAUCGACGACGUGGCUUGCAUAGAUCCUUCUCGUCAUUGUCUCUCUAUACCACGCUCGUCAAAUCCAAAGGAUGGCUGGAAACACAUUUCGUUCAGUCAAUAUGCCAAUGCUAUCAAUCGCCUUUCACACUGGAUUGUUGACCGAGCUGGACCCUCUCCGGAAGGCCAAUUUCCUACUUUUGCCUACAUAGGACCAAAUGAUAUUCGCUAUUUGGUUGUUGUUGCUGCUGCUGCUAAAUGUCAAUUCAAGGUUCUAUUAAUUUCUCCUCGUAAUCAUAAGGAGGCUCAAUUGUCUCUUUUUGAUGCUACUGACUGCAAAUGGCUCUUCUAUACUCCGGAAUUCAGUGAUUUGGUACAGCCGUGGCUACAGGAGCGUGACCUCAAAUCUGCCAUUGUUGAAGAGAUAGGUGCAAUGCUCUCAGAUGAAAUAGCACCUCACUUUUCUUACAGCAAAGAUUUUGAAGAAGCUUGUUGGGAUCCUUAUAUGGUUUUACAUACCAGCGGUAGUACUGGUACUCCCAAACCAAUCAUUUGUAGGCAUGGGAUGAUAGCUCAAAGUGAUGCUUAUCACCAACAAGCUACUUGGCUAAAUUACACCCAUAUGGCGAAAGCUUUUUCUGAGCGUGCCAAUACAAUGCUUUGCACCAUGCCACUUUACCAUGCACUUGGGAUUUAUAUGUUUCUCUCCUUUACGGUGUAUUGGAAUACGCCCAUGGCUCUCGUCUGUCCCGAAAAACCACUCACACCUGAAACAGCUGUGGAAUUUAUUCAUUAUUCCUUGGCCGAUGCUACUGUCCUGCCACCCUCGACUCUCGCAGAAAUGAGCCAUAAUGCCGAUUAUCUUGAGACCCUUAAAAAUUUAUCAUUUGUGACAACUGGUGGGGGUGCUUUGGAACCAGAAGCCGGUGAUCGAUUGGUAGAGGCUGGUGUGGAGUUACAAGCUGUUAUAUCAUCGACAGAGUAUGGCUUUUAUCCAUUAUAUUGGCAACCCCGGAAAGACCUUUGGCGUUUCUUCAUAUUGAACAAUGAUCUGUUUGGAUGCGAUUAUCGAAAAACAGGCGACGGUGUCUAUGAGCAGGUAAUUGUGCGGAAUAGCCAACCUUCCAAAUUGCAGGGAAUUUUCUACACGUUUCCCGAGUCCAAGGAAUUCGAAACCAAAGAUCUUUAUCAGGCCCACCCAACCCUGAAAAACCACUGGUUACACUUAGGUCGUAUUGACGAUGUAAUUGUCUUCUCAAAUGGCGAAAAACUAAAUCCAGUCUCCCUAGAGACGAUAGUUGGUAGCCAUCCCGAAAUUCACAGAGCUGUUGUGAUUGGGCAGGGUAGAUUUCAGGCUGGAAUGAUCUUGGAACCCAUUCAAUAUCCAAAAGACGAGAAUGAACGCCGAGAACUGCUAGGGCGAGUUUGGCCAGUUAUACAAAGUGCUAAUAAAGAAACCGUUGCCCAUGGCCGAAUAGCACGACAUAUGGUCAUUAUAGCAGAUCCUAGCAUGCCAUUUCCCUAUUCUUCAAAGGGUUCGCUUCAGCGAGGGGCUAUGUUGAAACUUUACAGCGACAAGAUAGAAUCACUCUAUAACGAUAGUGGUAUUCUUGAGGCGCCAACAUUGGACAUCGCAUCAUCAGCAACUUUGAUGCAGUCUAUAAUAGACAUGUUCCAGAACUCGAUCGGCUUGUUGAGUCUCGAGCCAGACAUGGAUCUUUUCCAAAACGGGUUCGAUUCAUUACAGGCCAUGAAUGCCUCGAAGAAUUUGAACGCAGGCUUACAAAACUUGAAGCCCAGCUGCGAGUUGAAGAUAGCACCUCGUGAUAUUUAUAGCAACCCGACCCCGAGGUUGCUCUCUGAGUACAUUUACCUACGUCUCAACGAUGGCGAUUAUAAAAACUUUGCCGAAAACGAAACCCUAGAUUUGGAAGCUAUGCUAGAGAAGCAACUCAAAAUUCUUCCCAAAGCCCCAGGCAACAAAAGGCCCGCUCCUUUCGAUCAAGAACAGACAGUUCUCCUUACUGGAUCUACCGGAAGCUUGGGCUCAUAUAUGUUGGAUCAAAUGGAAUCUUGUAAUUCUGUGAAGAAGAUUUUUUGCCUCAAUCGGGGUGAAGAUGGCGGGAUGUCGAGACAGCCAGUGGUGAGCAAAGAGAGGGGACUGCGUACUAGCUAUCCAAAGACAGAGUUCUUCCAUGCCGACCUUUCUAGGCCCUAUUUGGGACUUGAAAAGACUGUGUAUGAUCGAUUACUGGAUUUGGCAGAUUGUAUCAUUCACUCCGCUUGGACCAUUAACUUUAACCACGCCGCCAAAACGUUCGAGCCGCAAAUCCAAGGGACAACUCAAUUGCUUAAUUUCGCAAUUCAAGCCAAGAAGCAAGUACCCAUCGUAUUCUUGUCUUCUAUUGGUACUGUUGACAACUGGAAGGAACCUAGACCUAUCCCUGAGACCCAUCUGCCCGACUAUGGCCUCGCAUCAAACGGAUAUGGCCAAUCUAAGCUAAUUGGCAGUUCGAUACUACACUACGGUAUGGAACAGUUAAACGUACCUUCCAAGAUUCUCCGCGUUGGUCAGAUUGCGGGGCCUCUCAGCGAACUUGGACAAUGGAACCCGUCGGAAUGGCUCCCAAUCAUUAUCGCUUCUUCAAUUCAGCUAGGCAUACUACCAAGGGACCUCGGUUCGCUAGAUGUGGUUGAAUGGAUGCCUGUGGAGGAUGUUGCUUCAACUGUCCUCGAAAUAUCUGGAGUAACUUCACAACAACCAGCGUUAGAUAUGACUGGCUAUUUCAAUGUCGUCAAUCCAUCCCCCGUCCAUUGGGCUGAGUUGACUCCAGCUGUGCGAGAGUUCUACGGUCAAAAGGGGUUAGAUCUCAAGCUCGUGAGCCUCGCUGAGUGGGUGAAGGUAGUAGAGGAAAGCGCAGAGAUUGGAAACAGAAACCCAGCCAUUAAGCUGCUUGAGACAUUCAAAUCCAUGAUAGGCAAAGCCGGGUCAGCAAGUCCACAAUUCGCUUUGGAUAGGGCAAGGAUGGCCAGCAGUACAUUCACGCAAAUGGAUCCAAUUACGCCCGAGAUGGUGCAGAGAUGGUGCCGACAAUGGAAUUUUGAAUCUAAUUUGCAGCAUGUUGCACCGUAAAUUUAUCAUGGUAAUAUUCAUUCUUCUUGCUACUGUUAAAAAAGUGAAUGGGAUGCUCAUGAUAUUUGUUUUUGCUCUGUUUCCAGGUAUCCCCAGAUGUCAAAUGUCUUCGUAACUAGUUUUAGAAUUGAAAAUCCAUAAUGCAAAUUUAACC